AUGACUUACUCGUUACUGGCACUGGUGUUACAGCGCGACGCCCGACAUCGGUCACAGUGCGAGCGGCGUGAAUGGCUGGACAGAUAUCACUACAUUGUUGUCGGCUCGGGUUCGGCCGGUGCUAUUGUGGCCAAACGGUUGGCCGAAGAAAACAGUCGUGUCAACGUUUUGCUACUUGAGUCGGGCGGUGCCGGCGACCUGAGGACUGACAUACCAACAAUGUAUCCCUGGUUGAUGGGAACGGACUACGACUGGAACUACAUGUCAGAACCUCAGCAACACAUGGGUUUAGCUUAUGUAGAUCGUCGACAAACAGAGCCCAGAGGUCGGUUAGUGGGCGGCAGUUCGGCCAUCAAUUUUUUGGUAUACAAUCGCGGCAAUCGUCGCGACUAUGACCGCUGGGACAGGGAGUUCGGGGCAAAAGGUUGGAACUAUGACAGCGUUUUGCCGUUUUUCAUAAAAAGUGAAAACAAUACGGACAGUGAUGUAGUUCGAGCCAACCCUGGUAUGCAUGGAACAGAUGGCCCGAUAGGUGUAAGCUCUAUAGCAGUGGCAGCGACGCCGCUCGAUAGAGCACUAGUAGCCUAUCAGCAGGUGCUCAACGAUUUAGAACUGGAAACGAUUGAUCUGAAUGGCCCGAAACAGUUGGGCACUGGACUAAUACAGUUUACCAUCAAAGAUAACCUGAGAAGCAGUACGGCCAGUGCCUAUUUGAUGGACAAUGUAGAUAACCUGCAUAUACUAUGUCGGGCACACGUAACUCGGGUACUGUUUUCCGGCCGCACAGCUAUUGGUGUAGAAUUUGUACGCUAUGGCCAAAAAUAUAAAGUGUUUGCCGAUUUUGAGGUCAUACUGAGCGCCGGUGCCAUAGGAUCUCCGCAUCUGCUGAUGCUGUCAGGCGUUGGACCCAAAGCUCAUCUCAAAUCACUGGACAUACAGUGUGUGGCAGACCUACCGGUUGGCGAUCAUCUAAAAGAUCAUAUAGUCGUACCGUUUUAUUUCCUGUUGGCCAACGACACAACUAACAGUAGUACAGAUAGUUUGCUGCCUCCUGAUCUAACUGGCCAACAUGUGUACGACUUUUUUGCCAACCAAUCGGGAUCGCUCAUACAGUUUCCCAAAAUGUUGACCUACUAUAGUACCAGUUUGAACAAAGAGCCCGACUAUCCGGAUACCUGUAUCUAUUCGUGGAUCGAAAACUAUUUGAACGAUCCCCGAAAAAUGGCCGCCAGUUUUGAUAGGUCAGUGCGUGCGGACUGGGAGUCAUAUUAUCGCCAGUUCCACAAUAGACGAUACUUUUAUGCGGCAGCCAGUGUUGUACGGAUCAACAGCAAGGGAUACGUUAGGUUGCGAUCGACCGAUCCGUUUGAGAGUCCACUGAUUGAUCCGAAAUAUUUGUCCGACAAACGAGAUCUACAGGCGUUUGUAGAGAUAAUUAAAUUUUUCUACUAUAUUGUUGAAAAAACACAAUUUUCACGCUAUGUUGUUUUGCCCAGACCAAUACCUGGCUGUAAAUACUGUUACGACCGGCCAUUGCAUGAGUGCGACACAUAUAUUACAUGUCUGAUCCGUCAGAUAGGUCUACGUGACUAUCAUUUGGGUGGCGCCUGUCGUAUGGGUGAUCCCAAGCGCGACGACACAGUACUGGACGACAAACUAAGGGUAAAGGGUGUCCAUCGUCUAAGGGUUGUCGACUCAUCUGUAAUGCCCGAUAUGGUCAAUGCCAACACACAGGCCGUAUCGAUGAUGAUCGGCGAAAUGGGCGCCCACCUAAUCAAACAGUAUAAUAGGCCGGCGCUCAACAAUCAGAUAAGUCAGAGUAGUUAG